AUGGACAAAUAUGCCUUGCUGCAGAGGGCUAAACUGCAUCUGGAUUUCAUCCACGCCAACUCCACAACUCACAGUUUCCUCUUUGGAGCGCUGGCCGAGUUGCUGGACAACGCCAGAGAUGCUGGGGCUGCGAGACUUGAUGUGUUUUCAGUGGAUAAUGAGACACUGCAGGGAGGCUUCAUGUUGUAUUUCCUGGAUGAUGGAUGUGGCAUGAGCCCUGAUGAAGCUCCAGACAUCAUUUACUUUGGAACAUCCAAGAAACGUUUAUCAACCUUGACGUUCAUUGGGCAAUAUGGCAACGGGCUUAAGAGUGGGUCCAUGAGGAUUGGCAAAGAUUUCAUUCUUUUCACAAAGAAGGAAGAGACCAUGACCUGUCUGUUCUUCUCUCAGACUUUCUGUGAAAAAGAAGGUCUCACUGAGGUUGUAGUUCCAAUACCUUCGUGGUCAACAAGAACAAGAGAGGGUAUCGCAGAUGACCCACAGAAGUUCUUGACAGAAUUGUCCAUCAUUUAUAAAUACUCCCCAUUUAAAACCGAAGCUGAAUUGAUGCACCAAUUUGAUAUGAUCUAUGGGAGAUGUGGAACUUUGCUGGUUAUUUAUAACUUGAAGCUUCUGCUUAGUGGGGAACCAGAGCUGGAUGUUAAAACUGACAAAGAAGAUAUACUGAUGGCCGAGGCUUUGGAGGAACUUCCAGAGAGACGGUCUUUCAGAGCCUACACAGCUAUUCUGUAUUUUGAUCCUCGGAUGAGAAUAUUUAUUCAAGCCAAAAGAGUUCAGACAAAGCACCUAUGUUAUUCCCUUUACAAACCCAGAAAGUACCAGUAUGCUCCAUCUUCUUUCAAAGGGAAGUUUAAAACUGAAGUUAAGGAGGCAGAAGAUGCAAUAAAAAUGGCUGAACUCAGGUUGAAAGAACUGCAAGUCAAAGGAAACCAACCCAACAGAAUUUCUUUGUCUUCUGCCAAGGAUGGAUUGCAGAGAGCUUGGGAAGAUGUGGAAGCAAAGCAUAAGAAUCUUCGAGAGAAACAGAGGGCACUAAGGAAAUCAAGAACAAUCUCCCUGUUCUUUGGAGUGCACAUAGAAGACCAAAGGCAAGCUGGAAUGUUCAUUUACAGUAAUAACCGGUUGAUCAAAAUGUAUGAGAAGGUUGGUCCCCAGCUCAAAAUGAAGUCCUUACUUGGAGCAGGUGUGAUUGGAAUUGUAAACAUACCCCUGGAGAUCAUGGAACCAUCCCAUAAUAAACAAGAAUUCCUCAAUGUCCAAGAGUACAGCCAUCUUCUGAAAGUCAUGGGACAGUACUUGGUCCAGUACUGUAAGGACACCGGGAUCAGUAAUAGAAAUCUAACACUAUUUUGGGAUGAAUUAAAAUACCAACAUAGCAAAGACAUGGACAGAUCUUUAGAGUCUCUCCAGUGCCGAAGAAGACAAGCGAUGGCCAGCCCAUUCAUCCUACAAUGUGAUCUUUGCCUCAAAUGGAGAGUCCUGCCUUCCCCUUCCAAUCACGAGGAAGAAUUCCCUGACAUGUGGAUUUGUGCUAAUAAUCCCAACAACCUGGAAAACAGCUGUAAUCAGCCCGAACACCUGCCUUCUAUCCCACUGGGCACCGUGAGCAGAAGAUUGCCAUCAAAAGAUGAGAAAGAGAGGCAACUUCAAGAGUCAGUCCAAAGAUACCAGAACAGACUGGCGGAAAUACAGUCACAGACACCUCAGUUUAUAGCAGUGAGUAGAAUCCCUGAGUUCAAGCCCUCCUGCCUUUCUUCAGCACCCAAGGAAAAGUCCACACUUGGGAGACUCGGGCCUUCAGUGGUAGACCUAAUUCAAGGCACUCCUCCUUCAUCUGUCCAGCUCUCGUCCGGCCAAAGACGCCCAAAGAGAAGCACAGAGGAUGCCGACUCGGACGUGGAGUUUGUCUGCAUGACUAAGGUUCUGAAGAGGUCUGUGAAGAGGAGAGUGAAAUACCAGCAGCAGAGUCAUGUGUCCUCUCUGUCGGAAGACCCCAAGCUCAUGGAGGCAUCCCAGGUCUCUUCAUGGGAAACAAAGAAGAAGCAGAGUGAGAACCUUGUACAGGAAUGCAAGGCAUCCCCUGAAGUUGAAACCAGCAGCAGAGAUCCAACUGAAAUCCUGGUUUGGGAUGAAACAAACACCAAGGUCUCAUUGAAACAAGAAAGAAUUGAAGUGCCUCUCACAAAGACAGAAAAACAAGAGCUGUGUGAUGAUACUCUGGUGAUGAAAAGAAACCCUUCAGCCCUUAACUGGAAAAGGUGUACUGGGGGGCAAAUGGAAGAUUUAAGUCCACACUCUGGACACAAAGUCAGCACUAUGAAUGGUGAUUGUCAGCUGUCUUCUCAGAUGCCUUCUCAAAGCACAUCUACCAAGGAAACAGCAAGAAAGCUAAUGGCUAAUUUAAGGGAGAUUCUUCUGUAUUUCAUCCCUGAGUUUCAUCUGUCAUCAGAAUUUGAGUGCACAUCUAUGGAAGAACUCAUAACAAGUCCCGAGCUGGAGCAAUGCCCAGAGAGUACGAACAAAAAACUAAAAAUAUGUUUCAACAAGAUCCAGAAUAUCUACAUGGUCCAAUAUGAGAGAAGACUCAAGAGAAAAAUGCAGUCCAUUAUCUAUGAGGCAAACAGAAAAGUGGUGCUUAAUGAAGUCUUUCUGGGGCAGUGUGAACAGAAAAGGAAAAGGACUGAGGAUAAACUCAACAGCCUUCGUGCAAAACUGGCAUCGCUGUUGCAGAAACUUCAGCUGGGUGGUCCAGCGGGGGACCUGGAGCAGAUUGAUGCUUACUUAGAAGCUUUGCUUAAAGAAGAUCACCUUCUGACCACUUUAAAUAGAAGGACUCUAUAG